UUUUGAGGUAUAUAUCCAUCAAGAUUAUGAUUAAUCGGCAGGACUAAAGACCCUUUCAAGUGUUUAAUCAGAAAAUUAAUGAUUUGUGUAUUGGCUAUUCACAGAAAGACCAAGUCCUAUGAGGAACACAUGUGAGGACAUUGUAAGUUUGAGAUAUAAAUGCUCAAAUCAUAUCUAUAAAGUAUUACUCUCUCCAGCCCAAUUUAAUUUAUGUGUCUUGCUUUUCUUUUUGGUCGGUCUUGGUGUCUCUUUUUAUAUUUAGUAAGUUUUCUAAUUUCAACAUUCUACGAGACAUGUUUAAAAUCAUAAAAUUCAAAAGUCAAAUUAGGACACUGAAAUUGGGCCAGAAGGAGCAACUGUUUUCCCUCUUAGACUUGUCUAAAUAACUCAACUUAGUUCAACAUUUCAACUCCUGCAGGCUGCAGCAACCAAAAAAAGCCUAAAUCAAGAAUGCAAUCACCUUGUUUCAAGUGUGUUUGCUGCCAGAAUUCCCAAGAAAACAAAACUCACACCUCUAAAAUCAGCACAAUCAUCACUUGCCACCGCGAAUUCGUCGAUGCAGUGGCUUCAUCCAUCCAGCCAAAUUCUCAUUUCACUAACCAUGAGUGCCUCCCUUCUUGUGGAGAACUGUUUGCCAGCUUGAAAGAUGCAUAUCCACACUACAGCCAGACUAAUCUUGCUGAUGAAAUUCGAGCACACGAAUACCAUCACCUUUCUCUUUCGAAACAUGUUUGUCUUGAUUACAUUGGCAAUGGUCUUUUUUCUUACUAUCAACAACAAGGUAAAUAUCAUCCAACAGACGAUUCAAUCGCGUCAUCAUCAUCAGCUCCACCUCCUCCUACUCUACAAUUAGCUUCUCUCAACGAGCCUUUCUUUAACAUUUCGUAUAAAUCAGUGAGUCUGAGUACUCAGUUGCUAUAUGGAGGCCAAGAAUCAGACUUAGAAUGUAAAAUGAGGCAAAGGAUUAUGAAAUACAUGAAUAUUUCUAAGUAUGAAUAUUCCAUGGUCUUUACAGCUAACCAAUCUUGUGCUUUUAAGCUUUUGGCAGACUCUUAUCCCUUUGAGUCUAAUCACAACCUUGUCACUGUUUACGACCACGAAAAUGAAGCAGUGGAAGGGAUGAUCAACAGCGCUAAGACGAGAGGCUCUAGAGUAGUAUCAGCAGAGUUUACAUGGCCAAAUUUGAGAAUCAAUUCAAGAAAACUGCGAAAGACACUUGGCGUCAAGAAGAAGAAGAGGGGGUUGUUUGUUUUCCCCCUUCAGUCGAAAGUAACAGGCGUGAAAUAUUCUUAUCAGUGGAUGAAUAUUGCUCAAGAAAAUGGCUGGCAUGUCCUGUUUGAUGCAUCAGCAUUGGGUCCUAAGGACAUGGAAACAUUAGGCCUAUCGAUCUUUCAGCCUGAUUUUCUUAUUUGCAAUUUCUACAAAGUGUUUGGUGAGAACCCAUCGGGUUUUUGCUGUCUGUUCGUGAAAAAUUCAAGCAUAUCGCAGCUCAACAAAUCAUCUACUAGUUUGGGCAUCAUCAGUCUUGUUCCAGUUGACGCAAAAUCAUUUGAAGACAAGUACGCCUCCUCUUCCUCAUCGUCUUCAACUUCAUCAGAAUCUGAUCAAGAAAACUCCGCUGAAUUUCAAGAAAUCAAACAAGUGUCUGAUCAAGAACCGAAGAAAAUAACUACAUUGUUCGAAGUACUAAACUGGGGUAACAAAUCCAACAUGAAUAGAUCCAAGAAAGUUGAAUCAAACACAAGUACGCGUUCUGAUGAAUUGGAAUGUAGAGGCUUGGACAAUGCUGACAAAUUAGGCCUAAUACUAACAAGCACCAGAGCAAGGUACCUUACAAACUGGCUGAUAAACGCGCUAACGCGCCUUCAACAUCCUCAUGCUGAAGAUAUUCAUCAUCCUUUAGUUAAAAUACAUGGACCAAAGAUACAUUUCAGUAGAGGACCAGCUGUGGCAUUCAAUGUAUUUGAUUGGAAAGGCCAAAAGAUUGAUCCAACACUAGUACAGAAGCUCGCGGAUCGAAACAACAUAUCACUUUCUUGUGCAUUUUUGCAACACAUAUGGUUUUCAAAAAUGUAUGACGAUGAAAAAAAGACAAUAUUGGAGACACUAAAAAGUAGUGAUCAUAAGAAGUGUGGUGUAUCAGUGAUUACUGUUUCAAUUGGGAUGAUGACAAAUUUUGAAGAUUUGUACAGGUUAUGGAGUUUUAUAGCUAGAUUUUUGGAUGCUGAUUUUGUUGAAAAAGAAAGAUGGAGAUACAAGGCACUUAACCAAACAACUAUUGAGGUGUAGAUUGAAUUUUUAUUCUUUAUUUUUAUUUUUUGAUGGAAUUACUACAUGGAUUCUUUCAUCUUCUUUUUCCCUAUAUAGUGAUUUCCGUAUGUCUGCACUGUUUUUUCUUGAGUCAAGGGUCUAUCGGAAACAACCUCUCUAACGGUCAAGGGGAAGGUGUUCAUAUAUACUCCAUUUUGUGGGGCUA